CCGCAAACCAUCGAAUCCACAACAAUCCAAAAAGCAAGCUGAAGAAGGCCGCCUGCUCCGAAAUGGCUCUCGAUAUGGAUGUUGACGGAGCCGACUGGCCAAAGCGAUGGACGCACAUAGAGAAAAUUCUUCUCCGGCCCGGUCCUUUUGUGCACCCAGACUUCGAGCCAGGCCCUGGGAACAUGGAGAUGAUUCGGGACAAGUGCAAAAUUCUGGUUAUUGGAGCCGGUGGCUUAGGCUGCGAGAUGCUCAAAGACUUGGCUUUAAUGGGAUUCCGGCACAUAGAUGUGAUUGACAUGGACACUAUUGACCUGUCGAACCUCAAUCGGCAGUUUCUCUUUAGGAAAAGUGACAUUGGGAAAUCAAAAGCAGAAGUGGCGGCAGCCUUCAUCAAUCAAAGAGUACCCGGUUGUCAAGUCAAGGCGCAUUUCAAGAAGAUCCAGGACUACGAUGAAAGUUUUUACCAACAGUUCCACAUAGUCCUUUGUGGUCUUGACUCCAUCGUAGCACGGCGCUGGGCCAAUGGCAUGCUGCUCAGCCUGGUGGAUCAGGGCUCGAUCGUGCCAAUGGUGGACGGUGGAACGGAAGGAUUCAAGGGCAAUGCCCGUGUUAUUCUGCCCAGCAUGAAUGCUUGCGUCGACUGUACUUUGGACCUGUAUCCACCACAGGUGAACUUCCCACUGUGCACGAUAGCCCACACUCCACGGUUGCCAGAGCACUGCAUCGAAUACGUGAAGAUCCUCUUGUGGCCCAAGGAGAAGCCAUUCGGAGAAGAGACUGCCAUUGACGGUGACAAUCCGGAUCACAUCCAGUGGAUCCACGAGAAGGCAACAGAGCGUGCCAGCGAGUACAACAUCAGUGGAGUUACGUACAGGCUUACACAAGGUGUGGUUAAGAGGAUUAUACCAGCCGUGGCAUCAACCAACGCAGUGAUAGCUGCAGUCUGUGUGAAUGAAGUUUUCAAGAUUGCUACAAGCUGCUGCAACCCGUUGAACAACUAUGUGGUAUUCAAUGACACCGACGGCAUCUACACGUACACCUUUGAAGCUGAACGAAAUGAGAAGUGUCUUGCCUGCAGUCAGACUACUGUCACGCUUCACUUUACCGAAGAGACCAAACUGCAAGAAAUCUACGACCACUUGAUCAAUAGCCAUGAUUUUCAAAUGAAGUCACCGGGCAUAACUACAACAAUCGAUGGGCGCAGCAAAACUCUGUACAUGCCUACUGUCCCCAACAUUGAGAAACGGACGAAAGAAAAUCUCAAGAAAACCUUGAAGGAACUGGGGUUCGUUGACGGCCAAGAACUCUUGGUAGUGGAUGUCACUAACCCUAUGUAUGUAGUUUUCAAGAUCGCCUUCAAGCAACCACAGCCACAGUGACGAUGUAUUUAACCCGUGUGCGAUUGUUGCAGUGUUUCCCCAUUGUUUAAUAAAGUGUCAAAGUCUCGA